AUGGAUAAAACAAAAUCGAUAUCCAAAUUAACAAUAUCAGGACAUGUUUCAAUUCCUAGUUCAAUAUUUAGGGAAUAUAAACAACUUAAAGAGGUUAUUUUGAGUUCAUAUGUUAAUAAAAUUUCGGAUAAUUGCUUUAGGGAUUGUUCAAGUCUUAUAAAAGUAUUUAUCCCUCAUACAAUUGAAGAAAUAUCUUUUGAUGCUUUUCGAGAUUGCAUCAAACUUACAGAAGUUUUGUUCGAAACAACAUCUGCAGAAAAAAUUAAUCUUCACUAUAGGUCAUUUGAAGGAUGCAUUUCAAUUAAUCAAAUUAACUUACCUUCAGUAACAUUAUUAAAUACAAGUUGUUUUUAUAAUUGCUCUAGGCUUGAUAAUUUUGUUGUGCCUUCAAUCAAUACUUACAUUCCUAUUAAAUGCUUUAUGUUUUGCACAAAUUUGAAAACUAUUACUCUACCCGACUCAAUAAAACAAAUCAAGGACUAUUCUUUUGCAAAUUGUGAAUCAAUGAUAAAUUUUGCAUGUCCAAAGAGCCUUAAGCAUAUAUACGCCAAUUCAUUUAGAAAUAACCAUCAUUUACAAUCAAUAACUUUCGGAAAUAUGCUCGAAACGAUACUUGGUACAGCCUCUGCACAAUGUAUAUCGCUAAAAAGUGUUUCUUUCCCUUCAUCACUCAAAUUCGUUCAUUCAAAUUCAUUUUCUUCUUGCAAACAGUUAUCUUCAAUUAGAUUUGCAUCUCCAUCCAUUAUAUCUUAUGGGUCAUUUAUUGGAAUUUCAAAACAAUGCGAACUUUUGAUAUGUACUUCAAAUUAUCCAAAAAUUGAGCCAACAUUCUCGUUUACGGAUGCCUUUCCAGAAAACAUAAGAAUUUAUAGUAUUGCAAAUUCCAGUUUUUAUGAAAGAGAAGUAAUUAAAGUAGAUAAUUGUGAAUUUCCAACACCAUUUCCAACGCAAAAAACUAUCGAGCCAGAUCCUAAUCAGAAUGGAAUGUCUGGGCAGAAGAUAGCUGCAAUAUCUUGUGGUAUAAUAUUUGCAAUCAUUGGUUGCUCAUUGAUAGGAGUAGCUAUUUACUUUUAUAAAGCGAAAAAUCCUAAAAUACAAAAAGAGGAUGUCUAUAUGUAUACAGUAUGA